UGGCAUAAAAUAGGAGUAUGACUUUAUGUCAUGCAACACUAAUCUAAAGGAAGGAAAUGUGUUGCUUCUCGUUGUUUCUUCUGUUUUAUUGCUUUUUGCUACGUGUUUCACAGAGCAGCAGCAUGAUUAUAAAUGUCCUACUGAAUCGCAUUGUAAAAAUCCUCCAUAUCAGGAAAGAGAUUAAAAUCUGUUUUAAAAUGAAUCCAUCAAAACAGCUGAGGGAGUCUCCCUGCCGUCUCACCUAGAAAUCUAAUAUAAGUGUUAAUUAUAUGGAAGAGGGGUUGAGGAUUGUCUUUCCUCAGUCCAGUAACCAAGGCAAUGAUCCUUCCAUCUGCUCCACGUAAGCAGUGCUUUGAAGCCAAUACAAAUCAGUAGUCACAGGAGUAUGUAGUCCCAUUGGCUUCCCUAUGUAACAAUGAAGUUUGAAAAAUAAAAUCUUGGACAAUUUUGCAAACAAAUAGUUUGGAAAUCUUUGAAAUACUGAAUAAGUCAUAACAGCUUUUGGGCUGUUUUUGGAGUAGUAGAUUCUGGGUAGGACCCAUUUGGCAGGAAACACAUAAAAUACUGGCGACACUGAAAUUAUUGAGUUUUGUAAUUUCCUUAAAUUGGACCUGAAUUUCUUUCCUGCUGUCUUUGUACUGUGGUUAGCACACUGAGGUCCCAAUCAUGGUGGCAUGCUCCUGUAAUACAAACACUUUAAGUGCAAUAAAAAGUAGUAGUAAAACAAGUAAUGCAGGCUGCUUUACUUUCUUUUUCUGCUUUGCUUGCUUUUUUGAUAAGGAUUGUCUGCCCUUACAGGUUACUUCUGUUUCAAAACGUUUACAAAACUUAAUAACGAUGUCAAUAUAUUUAAUUGCUAUUAAUUAGUGUAUGUUGGAGGCAUUAGGAAGCUAUAUGUUGAAUAACUGCAGAGGCAACCAUUUUAUUUCCUCUCUGGAGUAAAUUAGUGAGUGACAGGAACUGAAACAGAAAGGGAGUGUGUGCCUGGGUUAGUAGCGAUGAACUAGCUCCUUUUCUUCUGCUUGUAUGGAGGGGACACACUAAGCAUUGUCAUUUUUUACUUCUGAAUUAUUUUUGCAUGUUAGAAAGCAGAAGCCAAGACAGUGUUCUUAUGAGAUUUUGGAGGGAUUUGGUUUCUUGGCAGAUGUGUUAUUGCCUGGUGGUUACUGAAUACUUUUUGUGGAAAUGGCAAACAGAUUAUUAAUAUUGAACAUUUGCCAUGUUUAAGGAGGAGAAGUACUGAAACUGCAUUUCCCAUAAUGCACAUAGGUUUUCUUAUAGCCUGGAUCAGCUGACCUGAAUUGUGAAACGCCUGUAUUUCCUGUCCAGCAUGAAUGGAAAUGACUUGUAUAUAGGAGUAUCUUUUCUUUCCUUAGUCAGGUGAUUUAAUGACUUUUGACCAAAAUCUGAUUCGGAGCAAUGGCCAAAAAGUGAGCUGACUUACUGGCUUGAGUGGUGGAAAACUACUUCUUUCGGGGGGAAGCAAUGUCAUGAAGUAAUAUACUACAGUCUGCUCUAUUAUCUUCAUAUUGAAGCAGAACCUAAAAGAGAUCUUUAAAAGAAAACUAGAGCUUUUCCAGGCAGUAGCUGACAACUUCCGAAGAAAAGACAAAAUGUCAUCUGAAUUGAAAAAGCUUUUUAACAUAAUUAUUUUAGGAGUGGCUUUUAUGUUUAUGUUCACUGCCUUCCAAACAUGUGGAAAUGUUGCGCAAACAGUUAUCACAAAUUUAAACAGCACAGAUUUUCAUGGCAGUGGCUAUACCAGCAUGGCCAUUAUUUAUGGAGUGUUUUCUGCAUCAAAUCUCAUUUCGCCUUCAGUGGUUGCUAUAGUAGGACCGCAAAUCUCCAUGUUUGUUAGUGGUAUAUUUUAUAGUGCAUACAUUGCGGUUUUUAUCCAGCCUUUCACGUGGGCCUUCUACACUGCUUCUGUUUUCAUUGGGAUAGCAGCUGCUGUACUUUGGACUGCACAGGGAAGUUGCCUAACAAUAAAUUCAGAUGAAAACACCAUUGGGAGAAACAGUGGAGUAUUCUGGGCACUUCUACAGUUCAGCUUGUUUUUUGGAAAUCUCUAUAUAUACUUGGCUUGGCAAGGAAAAACCCAUAUAUCAGAGGGUGACCGCAGAACUGUCUUCAUCGCUCUAACUGUUAUCAGUCUCGUGGGCACUGUUCUGUUUUUUCUGAUUAGGAAACCUGAGGAGUCAAAUACUCAUGGGGAGGAAGAUUCCACUAAUGAAAAUCUUGGGGAUGCCUUGUCUUCCCAAAGCAAAAUGACGAGAGCAGUGGAUGCAUUUAAGAGAUCUAUGAAGCUUUGCCUCACCAAAGAGAUUCUACUUCUUAGUAUUACAACAGCCUAUACAGGUCUGGAAUUAACAUUCUUCUCUGGAGUGUAUGGGACCUGUAUUGGUGCCGUGAAUAAAUUUGGCAGUGAUGAGAAAAGUCUCAUUGGACUCUCUGGUAUUUUUAUUGGCAUAGGAGAAAUUUUAGGUGGCGGAUUCUUUGGGUUAGUGAACAAGAACAAUCGUUUUGGCAGGAACCCAGUUGUGACACUGGGCAUUGUGGUCCAUUUUGUAGCCUUUUAUUUAAUCUUUUUCAACAUGCCAAAUAAUGCUCCUAUUGCUUCCAUUGAGGGGACAGAUGACCAAGCUUAUAUGAAUCCAAGCAAAGAGUUGGCCAUUUUUUGCAGUUUCCUUUUGGGGCUAGGAGACAGCUGCUUUAACACCCAACUGCUCAGUAUUUUGGGGUUCCUUUAUUCAGAAGACAGUGCUCCAGCCUUUGCCAUCUUUAAGUUUGUCCAGUCCAUCUGUGCUGCAGUUGCCUAUUUCUAUAGCAACUACCUGCUUCUCCAGUGGCAGCUUCUGAUCAUGGUGGUGGUCGGGUUCUUUGGAACAAUAUCCUUCUUUACAGUGGAGUGGGAAGCACCAGCAUUUGUUGCCCGUGGCUCUGAUUACAGCAGCAUUUGAUCCAGGUGUUCCAUCAGUCGGAUGUGAGCAGAUACCUGCACACCUUUUUUUUUUUUUUUUUUUAAAUGACUUGAGAAGGU